AUGACAACCAGCAUCAGGCAAUAUUCCUCGUCUACAUCCCUAAAGGGGUUAGGUGGAUUAGGUGGAUUAGGAGGUGGCUCCACACGGGUUUCCUCAGUGCAUCUUGGAGGUCCCUACAGAGCCCCAAGUAUCCAUGGGGGAUCUGGUGGCUUUUCUGUCUCCUCUUCUAAGUAUGUCUCUGGAGUAGGAAGUAGUCUGGGUGGUGGCUAUGGGGGAAACUACAGUAGUAGCUUUGGAGGUGGCUAUGGGGGUGGCCUUGGAGGUGGCUAUGGGGGUGGCCUUGGUGGUGGCCUUGGAGGUGGCUUUGGAGGUGGCUAUGGGGGUGGCUUUGGAGGUGGCUUUGGCGGUGGUGAUGGCAUUCUCCCUGCGGGUGAGAAGGAAACUAUGCAGAACCUGAACGACCGCCUGGCUAACUACCUGGACAAGGUGCGUGCUCUGGAGGAGGCCAAUUCCGAUCUGGAGAUUAAGAUCAAGGAGUGGUAUAAGAAGCAGGGACCCGGUCCUGACCGUGACUACAGCCCAUAUUACAGGACAAUUGAAGACCUGAGGAGCAAGAUCCUUGCUGCCACUGUCGACAAUGCCAGCCUCCUCUUGCAGAUCGACAACGCUAGGCUGACGGCCGAUGACUUCAGAACCAAGUUUGAGACGGAGCAGGCCCUGCGCAUGAGUGUUGAGGCUGACAUCAAUGGCCUGCGGAGAGUCCUGGACGAGCUGACCCUGGCCAGAGCUGACCUGGAGAUGCAGAUCGAAAACCUGAAGGAGGAGCUGGCUUAUCUCAAGAAGAAUCAUGAGGAGGAAAUGAAUAUACUACGGAGCCAGCUGGGUGGAGAGAUCACCGUGGAGAUGGACGCCGCUCCUGGGGUUGACCUGACCAAGAUCCUGGCUGACAUGAGAGAGCAAUAUGAGAGCUUGGCAGAGAAGAACCGUAAAGAGGCCGAGCAGUGGUUCUUCACCAAGACAGAAGAGCUGAACCGAGAAGUAGCCAUGAACACGGAACAGUUGCAGAGCGGCAAGUCGGAGAUCACGGAACUAAGACGCACCGUCCAGGGCCUGGAGAUAGAGCUGCAGUCCCAGCUCAGCAUGAAAGCCGCUCUGGAAGGCUCCUUGGCGGAGACAGAAGCCCGCUAUGGCGCCCAGUUGGCACAGCUCCAGGGCCUGAUCACUAGCGUGGAGGAGCAGCUGGCCGAGCUCCGAUGCGACAUGGAGCGCCAGAACCACGAGUACAAGAUUCUCGUGGACGUCAAGACGCGCCUGGAGCAAGAGAUUGCCACGUACCGCCGCCUGCUGGAGGGCGAGGAUACCCACAUUGCCUCCCAGUACGCUUCAGCAAAAGAAGUUUCUUCUAUCUCCUUCUCCCUUGUAGUGUCCAUGACCACCCGACAAGUCCGUACAAUCGUUGAGGAAGUCCAAGAUGGAAAGGUGAUUUCUUCCCGCGAGCAGGUCCAUCAUUCCCCCCGCUAA